AGAAGGCGAACCACUUAAUCGAUUCUGUGACAAUGGAGAAACUGCCCCUUCAAGGCGGUGCAAGGGGCGCUGAAAUGAACAAACACCAUGGAGAUAGUUACAUUUGCCUUGAGCGGCGACAUUUAUUCUGCCUUGUACUAACAAACGAACAUCGAUAUGCAUCGUGGUUGAUAUAAAGAGUUGCCAUGAGCGCCCUGGAUUAUUAUAAAUACUCACAAUCCACUUGAACAAGGCAAAUCACCACCAUCGAACAAGAAGUUUAUUUAAAGCCAUUCGCAUCAUUGAACUUUGUGAACAAGCUUCUCGCGACAAAGAACGUGACUCACAGCCUCAGCUCAAACCUUCAACCUAGACAAUUAUAAAACCACCUUCCGCGACAUGCCACACGCAGCUUCACCUUCACCACCAAAAAUGUUCAGCCGCAUCAAGGAUAAGUUCUCAACCAAGAAGUCCUCCGCCGAGAGUCACACACAUUUCGACAUGGGCAACUCAAACUCGACCCCCAAAAACAACCCCUUCCUCGAUGUUCCCGAGGAGGCUCCUCCUGCUUAUGAGCCCACCCAAAGGACAGCUCCUCUUCUCAAUGUUCCUCAACGUGGAGCUUCACCAGCGCCUAGCAUCUCAAGCAUCACCAGUGCCGAAGAUAGAUAUGCCUUCCUAUCUACUUUCGAUACCAUCUUUGUUAUUGACGACUCUGGAUCCAUGGCUGGUCGAUCUUGGAGGGAGGUUCGAGAGGCGCUGAGCACUAUUGCUCCGAUCUGUACUUCUCACGACCCCGACGGUAUUGACGUCUACUUCCUGAACCAUCGAUCAGCAGCCGUCGGAACCGGAGUCCAAGCACCCGGUGGAUACUUCCAGAUCCGUGACGCCAACCAAGUCCAACAUCUGUUCGAGUCCGUCCGUCCCUGCGGAGCAACACCAACGGGUUCUCGUCUUCACAGCAUUCUCAAGCCCUAUGUCGCCCACCUUUCCCGUCGUGCGGCCAACGUUGACUCGACCAAGCCGGUCAACAUCAUUGUAAUCACCGACGGAUGUCCCACGGACGACCCAGAGAGUAUCAUUGUUCACCACGCCAAGAAGCUUGAUCAGAUCGAAGCUCCUCCUCAUCAAGUUGGUGUCCAGUUCUUCCAGGUUGGCAACGAGCUUGGUGCUGCCAAGGCUCUGCGUGAGCUCGACGACGAUCUCGCUGACCAGGGUAUUCGCGAUAUGGUUGAUACAGCAACUUGGAAUUCCACUACUUCGGACAAUAGUAAGGCUUUGACCGCAGAUGGGAUUCUCAAGGUUGUUCUUGGUGCUGUUGUGCGACGCCUGGAUCGCAAAUCCACGCGUGGCUCUCCCCAGGGCCGUCGUCACUAAGCAUUCAUUUUGUAAUGGCUCCUGCUUUUCGGGGUCGCAAUUUCUUUCCUCUAUUGUAUUAUUAUGGUGGUGGUAUUCUGCUCUUCAUUGAUACCAGGAGUUCGGGGCUUACUAUAGAUAAGAUGGAUAUCAGAGACCAACAGGACUGGGACGACUCUCACGAGAACACCAGAUCACA